AUGGCUUCCUUCGAGGAUUAUGAUGAAUUCGGCAACUAUAUUGGCGCGGACUUGGGCUCGGAUGAAGAGGAGGAAGAAGUUCUGCAGCAGGACUUUCGCCAGGUACCCCAACAGCAGCCCGCAACAUUGGAAGGAUUCGAUGACGAGCCUAUGUCGCCUGCGGAGGGUGCACUGAUGGAGAUUGAUGAGCCCGUCCAUAAUGCUGUUAUUCUGCAUGAGGACAAGCAAUACUAUCCAUCAGCAGAGGAUGUUUAUGGCCCAGACGUAGAGACUCUCGUCCAGGAAGAAGAUGCUCAGCCACUUUCGGAGCCAAUCGUUGCUCCUAUCAAAGUGCGAAAAUGGACGGUGGAGGAGAAGGACAUGCCACAAACGCGCUUUGACAAGGGUUUUUUGCUGAAUAUGAUGUCCUUCCCGGAGAUGAUUCGCAAUGUCGCUGUAGUGGGCCACUUGCACCACGGAAAAACCGCGCUCAUGGAUAUGCUAGUUUUCGAGACACAUAAACUCGCAUGGGAUGCGGAUAAACCGACAAGAUAUACGGAUACUCAUGUUUUGUCCCGAGAGCGAGAAAUCUCUAUCAAGUCUUCGCCAAUGUCUCUCAUCCUGUCUACGACAAGCGGCAAGUCACAUCUGGUGCACCUUAUUGAUACUCCGGGACAUGUGAAUUUUGUCGACGAAGUUGCUUCUGCAAUACGUCUUGUUGAUGGAAUUCUGUUGGUUGUAGAUGUUGUCGAAGGGAUGAUGGUCAAUACCGAAGCAAUCAUUCGACAUGCCCUGCAAGAGGGCGUCAAAAUCACCCUUGUUGUGAACAAAAUCGACAGGCUUAUCCUAGAAUUACGUAUCAAGCCUGCAGACGCCUACUACAAAAUCAAGCAUACAAUUGAAGAAAUCAACACUUUUAUCAGUGGGAUUGAUCCAGAUCCGGAACUACGACUCAGUCCUGAAAAUGGAAAUGUUGUGUUCGCCAGCACCGACAUGAGUUGGUGCUUCACUCUUCGUUCCUUUGCCCAAAUGUAUGCGGACACGUUUGGUUCCCUCGACGUUGCAGCAUUCGCCGACCGCCUUUGGGGCGAUAUAUACUUUAACGCAGAGACACGGAAGUUCACCAGGAAAGCUGCGGACCCCGAGCAAUCCCGCACAUUCGUGCACUUCAUUCUUGAUCCCUUGUAUAAGCUCUAUAGUCAUGUGCUGAGCGAGGAUACGGAAGACCUGAAAAGUACCCUUGCAUCGCUGAACAUAUCUCUAAAGCCAGUCAUGUACAAGAUGGAUGUAAGGCCUCUGCUGAAGGCUAUUUUGGACCAGUUCUUUGGACCUGCCACUGGACUAGUUGACAUGAUUGCGGAGCAUAUUCCGUCACCUUUACAAGCAGCAACCAGCAAGGUCGAGCGGACGUACACUGGCCCACAAACUUCUGAUAUCGCUGCAGCAAUGAAAGCUUGCGAUACUGAUGCGCCCGUAAUGGUCCAGAUCACGAAGUUGUAUCAUACAACAGAUGCCCAGUCAUUUAGGGCCUUCGGUCGCGUCAUGAGUGGUACCCUUAGGAAGGGCACACCGAUCAAAGUACUUGGUGAGGGGUACUCACCAGAAGACGAGGAGGACAUGGCGAGGGCUACUGUAGAAGACAUAUGGAUAGGCGAAGCUCGAUACUUUAUUCCGGCAGACGAGGUUCCCGCAGGCAACCUCGUUCUUAUUGCAGGAGUCGACGCGUCCAUUUCCAAGACCGCCACUCUCGCUGACCCAUCCAUUGAUGAUGAUCUCUACAUUUUCCGGCCCAUUAAGCACAUGACAGAGUCCGUGCUUAAAAUUGCCAUUGAACCGAUAGCGCCGUCUGAGCUACCCAAGAUGUUGUCUGGCUUGCGAAGCAUCAACAAGAGCUACCCUCUCGCUGCUACGAAGGUCGAGGAAAGCGGUGAACAUGUGCUCAUCGGUACAGGCGAAUUGUAUCUGGACUGUGUCAUGCAUGACCUUCGGAGGCUAUUUGCUGAGAUCGAGAUCAAGGUGUCGGAUCCAGUCACCAAGUUCUGUGAAACUGUAUUGGAGACGAGUGCACUGAAGUGCUAUGCGGAUACGCCAAAUAAGAAGAACAAACUCACCAUGAUCGCGGAGCCUUUGGAAAGAGGUAUUGCUGAAGACAUUGAACGGGGGAGGGUCAACAUACGGAUGACCCCGAAGGAACGUGGUACAUUCUUCCAGGAUAAAUACCAAUGGGAUUUAUUGGCGUCAAGGUCAAUAUGGGCGUUUGGUCCCGAUGAUAGCGGGCCGAACAUUUUGCUCGAUGAUACCUUGCCUUCUCAGGUUGAUAAAAAAAUACUUGGAAGUGUGAAGGAGCAUAUCAAGCAAGGCUUCCAGUGGGGAGCUCGCGAGGGUCCUUUGUGCGAUGAACCUAUGCGCAAUGUGAAGUUCCGGAUACUGGAUGCAAGUCUAGCUCAAGAGCCAAUCUUCCGUGGUGGUGGACAGAUUGUCCCUACUGCACGCCGUGUGUGCUACUCAUCAUUUUUGAUGGCCACGCCACGCCUCAUGGAGCCGAUUUACUACGUUGAAGUGCAGGCGCCAGCUGACUGUAUAUCAGCUGUAUACACUGUUCUAGCCCGACGCCGGGGGCAUGUUACGCAAGACAUACCCAAGGCCGGCUCGCCGUUAUAUACGGUCAAAGCCUUAAUUCCUGUGAUAGACGCAAAUGGGUUCGAGGCUGACCUUCGAACUGCCACACAAGGUCAGGCGUUCUGCUUGCAAGUAUUCGAUCACUGGUCGAUAGUUCCUGGUGAUCCCACCGACACGAGCAUCAAACUUCGGCCACUAGAACCUGCAUCAGGACAAGCAUUAGCUCGGGAUCUUGUGUUGAAGACGCGGCGGCGCAAGGGCCUGGGUGAUCAGAUUGCCGUGUCCAAGUACUUGGACGAUGAGUUUGUGGUGACGCUUUCCGUCAUCCUCGUUGCAGUCGCUGCAAGCGCGUCAGCGUCAGAGGACUCAAAACCUGUAUUCAAGGCAACAGAGAUCAAAGCUCCUUUCAUUGAGCAGUUUACUGCUGACUAUUCUGAACGUUGGACGCCUUCGGAGGCAACCAAGAAGACACCAGUCGGCGGUGAGAUAUUCUCCUACGUCGGCAAAUGGGAGGUCGAGGAACCCGAGACACCCCUCAUCGAGGGCGAGAAGGGCCUCGUUGCCAAAUCCAAGGCCGCUCACCACGCUAUCUCUGCACCAUUCACCGCCCCUGUCGACUUCAAGGACCAACCCCUUGUCGUUCAGUAUGAGGUCAAGUACCAGAAAGGUGGCAACUGUGGUGGUGGUUACAUCAAACUUCUUGAGGAUGGCUUCCAGACCAGCGGGAAGGAAUUCUCAGAUACCACCCCUUGGGUUGUGAUGUUCGGACCGGAUAACACUUGCCCUGGCACUAAGGUGCACUUCAUCUUCCGCCACAAGAACCCGGUUACCGGUGAAUUCGAGGAGAAGCACCUUUCCGUCCCUCCAAAGCCCACCUUUGGCAAGAACACUAACCUUUACACCCUCAUUGUCAACCCUGACAACACAUAUGAUGUACUUUUCAACAAAGAAAGUCAGCGCACAGGCAGCCUCCUUGAGGACUUCACUCCUCCUGUCAACCCUGCGAAGGAGAUUGACGACCCGAAGAUAAGAAGCCUGAAGACUGGGUUAACGAGAAGAGAAUCACCUGCAGACUGGGAUGAGACUGAGCCGUACGAGAUCCCUGAUGAGGAUGCAGUGAAACCUGAGGGCUGGUUGGAUGAUGCACCCGCGAGUAUUCCUGACCCGGAUGCCGAGAAGCCCGAAGAGUGGGACGAUGAGGAAGAUGGUGACUUCAUCCCGCCCACGAUCCCCAACCCGGCUUGUGAUGAGGCUCCUGGAUGCGGUGAAUGGAAACGCCCCUACAAGGCCAACCCUGCAUACAAGGGCAAGUGGUAUGCGCCUAUGAUUGAUAACCCUGCCUACAUCGGCGAGUGGGCUCCGCGCAAGAUCCCCAACCCUGACUUCUUUGAGGAUCUAGAGCCAGUCAAGCACCUAAACAAUAUUGGUGGUGUUGGUAUCGAACUUUGGACCAUGACUGAGGAUAUUCUGUUCAACAACAUCUACGUCGGGCACUCUGUUGACGACGCAAUGUCUCUGGCUGCGGAGACUUACGACGUCAAGAAGUCCAUCGAGGCGGCUCUCUCUGCUCAGAAGGAUGUCAAUGAUGAAGGCGAUUACUACAUCCCCCCCUUCUUGGAGGAUCCUAUCUCCCAUAUCCGUGGUAAAAUUGCUCAGUUCCUUGACGCUGUUCGGGAGGACCCCUUAUUAGCCAUCCAAACCCAUCCGGAGACAGGUGUUGGUCUCGCUGGUGUCAUCUUCACUCUUUUCGGCAUGCUUGGUCUUCUAUUUGGUCUCGUUGGCUCGCAGCAAAAGAAACCUGUUGCCAAGGCAAAGAAGACAGACACCUCUACCCCCGAUGACAAACAAAAGACUGACAGCACAACCGUUGCACCUGCAGGAGGCGAGAAGAAGGACACAGGCUCUGUCAAGAAACGCAAGUAG